AAAAAGCUGAGAAGCACACAGUUAUCAACAAUAUUAUCUGAAUCAACAAAUAAACGCAAAAAAAAGAGAAAAAAUUCUCGAAAUUUCUUUCAUUGUUUUAUUCCGAAGCUUCUCAACGCAGAAAUUCAUGGCGCACACAGUCUCGUAGCCAAUCCUCUUCACUGUUUGCUCUCACGAUGGAGGCUCGUGCGCGACGUCGUUUAGCUCUGCUUUCCUCCCACGUGAAUCCACUUGUAGAGACCUCGGGCACGGCCUCGUUUAGCUCGCUGAUGGCCUCCGCUUGCAACGGAGGGAAUGAGAUGAAGAAAGGAGAAGAUGAUUGUGUAUUUUGCAGGAUUGUUCUCGGUGAAGCUCCUGCUUUAAAAUUAUACGAAGAUGAUGAGUGCGUUUGCAUUUUGGAUACAUAUCCUCUAUGUCAUGGGCACUCUCUUAUUAUUCCAAAGGGUCAUUAUCCCUCGUUGGAUGCAACUCCUCCAUCGAUUAUAGGGGCCAUGUGUUCGAAAGUGCCUUUGAUUAGCAACGCUGUCAUGAAAGUUACCGGUUGUGAUUCGUUCAACUUGCUGGUCAACAACGGUGCAGCUGCUGGCCAAGUUAUAUAUCAUACCCACAUCCACAUAAUACCUCGUAAAGCAAACGACUGCUUGUGGACUUCUGAGUCCCUACGGAGGCGCCCGAUGAAGGUGGACCAAGAAGUUUCACAGCUUGCAGACCGCAUUCGUGAAAGCUUGAUGUUCGUGAGCAGGUACGAAGAUAGCAAAGGUCAAGGAUCGAGUCUUGUUGUGAAUUAGUUGCGCGUCAUCUCUCGGUUCCAUAUGUGAGUUGUUUUGCUUUGACCUCUACACCAUCGUGUGACGAGGUGUCGAUUGAUCUCGUGAAACGAACUGCAUAAAUGGUUGUAUUCUUAUAUAGUGUCAUUUGUUGCUA